UUAAAAUCGCAACUACAGGAUCUCUGCCAGCUGCUGGGAGUCAGUUAUGCUCGUAACUGUGCAUUAGUGGGAUUAGUGAUUUUACCUGGGCUGCGCAGCUCCGUUAAUCCCGGCGCGUCUUUAUUUUUUCCAAUUCCCUUACAUCCUCCAGAGCUGUAAUUAGACCGAUAAGUACAGUACCGGGCUGCAGCUGUCGUCGCGUUUCCAGGCUCCUGACUGGACGAGAUGCAGAUGUGGGGUAGUUUAAAUAGUGCCGAGCACGACAUUUGAAUUUUGAUUUCCACAAACAAAGCUCGGUGCAUUGCUAGAGCUGCAACACAGCAACAACACUACACAACACAACACGACACAACAUAUGCACUGUGGCAGGUUAUGCCAAAAAACAGAUGUAUUUCUUUAAAGGACUGAUUGCAUUUUCGAGUUAAUAUUUAUUUAUUAUUAUUAUUAUUAUUAUUAUUAUUAUUAUUAUUAUUAUUAUUAUUAUUAUAACACCUCAUCUUGCUGCCUGCUAUUCGGAGUCGCUGAUUGCUGGCAGGGGAAGCUGUGUUCGGGCUCCACAAUGGGGAACGCCAGCGCUGCCUCGGUGGAGGAGAUCACUGCCUGCGAGAUCCAUCAGUGGUACAAGAAGUUCAUGACGGAGUGCCCUUCGGGCCAGCUCACGCUGUACGAGUUCAAGCAGUUCUUCGGGCUGAAGGAUCUGUCUCCCAACGCCAACGCCUACGUCGAGCAAAUGUUUGAAACUUUUGACAUGAACAAGGACGGCUAUAUUGACUUCAUGGAGUAUGUGGCGGCGCUGAGCCUGGUUCUCAAAGCCAAGGUGGAAAAGAAGCUCAAGUGGUAUUUCAAGCUGUAUGACAUGGAUGGCAAUGGCUGCAUUGACCGAGGAGAGCUCCUGAACAUCAUCAAGGCCAUCAGAGCCAUUAACGGCUGCAAGCAUGAAAUGACAGCGGAAGAAUUCACCAGCAUGGUGUUUGAGAAGAUUGAUAGCGACAGCAAUGGAGAGCUGUCCAUGGAGGAGUUCUUGGAUGAGGUCCAGAAGGACGAGCUGCUGCUAGGCAUCCUGACUCAGAGUCUGGACCUCUACCACAUCGUGGGCGUGAUCCAGAGCAACAGCCAGCCAGAGAGCCAGCAGGAGGAGAGCUGAAGCUGGGAGAGCCCCAGACCGGAGAGACCCCCCUUACCCCUGCAGAGAAACAUGCCUCAUAUUUCUGACUUCAAUACACAGCACUGCGCUGUCUCCCAGAAACGCAAACUAUUGCUUCUCCUGCUAGUUAACAGGAGCUGCAAGCUGAGGGUUCAGUGAGGUUGUACUGUAGCCUCGUUUGGACCUGUGCUGUAUGAAAACUUCAAAUGGGUUCAAGUCAAAAUCGAUUUGAUGUUUCCUGUUCAGCUUGCUUCUGACUUGUUCUGCAUUCUGAUAGAAACGACCUGUUAGUUAUGCGUUUCUGUAUUUCUUAACGAUGUAAACGGGACUGGGGUCUGUAUUAAUAAAUACCGUGCAAUGUGACUCUUGGCGUUUUAUAGCAAGUGAUGCAGAAAGCCGCUCUGAGGUAUGUACAGCAAGCGCAGAGAGCUGCUCUAGAGCAUUUUACAAAGCCAUGUACUCCAAACUGUCAUCAGGGUUAGUCUGAUGAGAAAGAAAAAAACCACAGUUAUUAAUAAACGAGUAAGCGACUGCUCAAGACAACUCACAAACCCCUGCAGCAAAUACCAGAGCUGGUAGUUUCAGGUUAGGUAACUUUACUGCCUAGUAACUAAGUAGAGUUAUUUAGUUAGUAAGACAUCUGCUAAAUAAACAGAUAUAUGCAAUAAUAUAUUCAAUGCAUAUGCAUGUUUUUAAAACGUGUUCAGUUUGAACUUACCUGUUGCUAAGUAAUAUGUAGUUCCCUGUGGAAAUGACCAUUUCUGAAAGAAUAGUGUAAAGAUACAUUUCAUUAAAAUAUCCUCCAUGAAAAACACACCAGC